AUGUAUCUUCAUCAAUAUGACUAUAUCUUUGCUAUCGGUACUCUGUUUGCCAUGCUGGAUGCCUACAACAAUGGUGCAAACGAUGUGGCCAACUCUUGGGCAACCAGUGUCUCGUCUAGAUCUAUCUCCUACCGCCAGGCAAUGGUUCUCGGUACCAUUUUCGAAUUUCUAGGCGCCGUUACCGUUGGAUCCCGGACAGCAGACACCAUCAAGAACGGCAUCAUCCCCCUUACAGCCUUCCAGAAUAAUCCAGGUGUACAGAUGAUGGCCUUCACCUGUGCCUUGGCCGCAGCCUCCUCUUGGGUGAUGUGGUGUACCCGGCACUCGGCUCACGUCUCCUCCACCUACUCGUUGAUCUCCGCCGUGGCUGGUGUUGGUGUCGCAACAGCUGGCGCCUCCAAGGUCCAGUGGGGAUGGAACGAUGGAAAGGGCCUGGGUGCUAUCUUUGCAGGCCUGGGAAUGGCCCCAGUCAUCUCAGGUUGCUUUGCAGCUAUCAUCUUCAUGCUCAUCAAGGUGGUUGUGCACAUGCGUCGCAACCCUGUACCAUGGGCUGUCUACAGCGCCCCCCUUUGGUUCCUUGUCGCUGCUACCAUCUGCACACUCUCAAUUGUCUACAAGGGUUCUCCAAACCUGGGCCUGAGCAAGAAGCCCGUCUGGUACAUUGUCGCCGUGACUCUGGGUUGCGGUGGUGGUGUCUGCAUUCUGUCGGCCUUGUUCUUCGUCCCCUAUGUGCACGCUAAGGUGAUCAAGAAGGAUCACUCAGUCAAGUGGUACAUGGUCUUCAUGGGUCCUUUGCUUCUCAACCGCCCUGCCCCCACUGACGGUGAGGAGGCCAAAGUCCCCAACUACGCUGUCGUGCAAGACGAAUACGAUGACGAGGCCUCAACCCAUGAUGCGGGCUCCAUUGACAAGGAUGCUCACACUUCCACCUCCCCAGCGGACAGAGAGAAGAACAUGACUGAGAUCGAAGCGAAUCAGCCUAGCUACAAGGAGGUCAUGGCUCAGUCUGAAGCCCGCCACCGUGCGAAACUCCUCCAGAGCCGCGGUCCUCUCGGCUGGGCUAUGCGCUUCCUCCGUGACAACCCCAUGGGACCUGGUGAGAUCUACGAGGUCCGCAACGCGUGGAUACUUCUUAAGCGUAUCCCGCCUACCAUCGUCUGCGGUCUUUUGUACGGUGCUCACUACGAUAUCCACUCCGCCCAGAGUGGUAUCGCUGGUACCCCUGAAGGCGAGCGGAUGAAGCGUGUCUACGCUGCUGCUGAGAAGUACCCCAACGAAGUCGAGCACACCUACUCCUUCAUCCAGGUCUUGACUGCUUGUACUGCCUCCUUUGCGCACGGUGCCAAUGAUAUUGGUAACUCCGUUGGUCCCUGGGCUGCCAUCUACGCGGCCUGGUCAACCGGUGACCCGGCCGCUGCCAAAGCUGCCGUUCCAGUCUGGCAGCUUGCUGUUCUGGCACUGUGUAUCUCCGCCGGUCUUGUCACUUAUGGUUACAACAUCAUGAAGGUCAUGGGUAACAAGAUUACCUACCACUCUCCCAGUCGUGGGUCUUCCAUGGAGAUGGGUGCUGCUAUCACUGUCCUGGUGUUCUCGCAGUACUCCCUCCCUGUCUCAACUUCGAUGUGCAUCACGGGUGCUACGGUCGGCGUUGGCUUGUGCAACGGUUCUCUCAAGGCUGUCAACUUCCAACGGGUUGGUCUUCUGUUGCUUGCUUGGAUUUUGACAAUUCCUAUUGCCGGCACCCUGGGCGGUUGUCUCAUGGGCCUGUUCCUCAACGCGCCACACUUCUAG